CCAGACAGGCGGGCUGCUGCGGGAGCAGGAAGUGGUUCAUUGGAGUGCACAGGGUCCGGUUGAACUGAAUUGCACUGCACUGCACACUGAUACACAGUUGAACCUGUUGCAGCUCCAAACCGCUGUGCCGUACCACCUUCAGCUAGAUAAGAAAGCCUGUCCCUGCAGUGAUGUCAUCAAGCCCAGCAGUGCUGAUGCGUCUCAUGGCUUCUGCCUUCGCUGUGGCAGAGAGGGCGGGGGGCAUCGUGAGAGACAUCCUGAAGACCGGGGACUUGGGCAUUGUGGAGAAGACGGGAGCGAAUGACCUGCAGACGAAAGCAGACCGCCUGGUCCAGCAGUGCAUCUGCUCCUCGCUGACGCGCAUGUUCCCGAAAGUCACCAUCAUCGGGGAGGAGGACCUGCCCUCUCACGAUGUCGAGGAGAACCUGAUUGAGAGCGGUCAGUUUGAGGAGAUCCUGCAGCGAGUCUGUCCAGGGGAGUACAGCGGAGUGCGUGAGGAGGAGCUGGUCGUGUGGGUCGACCCCUUGGAUGGAACGAAGGAAUACACAGAAGGACUCCUGGAUCAUGUGACUGUGCUGAUCGGGAUUGCGUACGAUGGGAAAGCCAUUGCGGGAGUCAUCAACCAGCCCUUCCACAACUAUGAGCUGGGUCCCAGUGCUUCUCUGGGCAGGACUCUGUGGGGUAUCUUGGGAGUUGGCUCAUUCGGGUUUGAGCUGCGGGAGGUGGCUGACGGUAGACGCAUUGUCACAACGACCCGCUCCCAUAGCAACCAGCUGGUUACGGAAUGUGUGAACGCCAUGGAGCCGCACCAGGUGAUCCGCGUGGGCGGGGCUGGGAACAAGAUCAUCCAGCUGAUUGAGGGGAAGGCCUCAGCCUAUGUGUUUGCGAGCCCGGGCUGCAAAAAGUGGGACACCUGCGCUCCAGAGGCCAUCCUGCACGCUGUCGGGGGCAAGCUGACAGACAUGCACGGGAAGCCUUACCGCUACCACAAGGACGUGAAGCACAUGAACUCAGCGGGAGUGCUGGCCACACUGAGGGACUUCGAGUUCUACGCCAGUCGUGUGCCCGAGGCCGUGAAGCAGGCCCUGAAGAGCGACUGAGAGUGGGCACAGACACCCCUCCCUCCUACGUCUCCCUCUCUCCCUCCCUCAGCACCGAUAUGCAGACACAGGAUACAGGGAGCAAGCUUUUCCUUUGAAACAUUUUUUAGAUUGUGGUGUUUUUAAAAAAAAAUAUAUAUAUUAAAUGCUGUUCCCACCAUGUGCAAUCCUGAAUGAAUAAAUCAAUCAAUAAAUGAACAAAAUCAAUGGUAAUGGUAUGAACGGGGUUGGCUCUUUGCAGAUAAUGAUGAUGUUGGUGUAUAAUCAUGUAUGUGGCGCUGAACUCCCCAGUGAAACCAGAAGCCGUGCUGGUGUUGCUGCAGAAUGUACGCAGUAGACAAACAGCCAUCAAACCUUGACGGUUUUCAACUCAAAUUUCAAAACAAGUACAGACACAAGUAAAUCUUGAUGUGACGUCAGCCGAUAUCCAGUCAUAUUGUAUUAGCUUGCUGUAGUUCUUCCAGGGUUCACGUUGUUGCACUGAGAGAGUUCAAUAAGUCCUUCAUUCUGGUACAGCAGACACGUGAACGUGAACGAUAAGGCACUUUGUGAAAUACUGCAAUGCAGCAGUGCUUGAUACAGCAGCUCCUCACAGCAGCACUAGACUGGGCUGGUAUUUUAUUGGAAUUCUGGAACCAUUAACCUGAUCAUGAGGUUUCCAGUAUGACUUGAAAGUUCCCAUACAAUUAAUAAACCGCUCAGAAAUUAUUCCUACGAUUCAUUUCAAAUACAUUUGUGUUUAAUACCAUCCACAAACAGCUGACCUCCUGUCAUCCUCUUUUACAACUGUCAAGCUCAUGAAGUAAAACAGAAUUUGCUGCUGUAAAUAUUCAGUGUCUUAUCACAUGACGCCCCCUCCCCACUCCUCAACCCAGCCUGUCAAUACUGGAGAGCUACUGUCCAAAGGCAUUCGUUUUCAUGAAAAAUGAGUUGAAUUUGGAAGAGCAGGAUUAUGUGAUUUAAAUCAAAGUUGUUUUGUUGAGAACACUCUACAUUACAAUUGGUUUUGUAUUUUAAAUCUUCUCUGGAGAUGUCUUUUUUUUUUUUAAAUAAAAGGCCAAAUUUUGUCUUUUGGAAACA